GUACGCAUGCGUAGUACGGCUUGUUGGUGGAUUUACUUCCGUAAGCAGGUUGAGUUCCACUAACAGCAGCAACCUUCCCUCUUUGUUUUGCUAAAAAUUACCAACAAUAGUACAUGUGACCUUUGUACUUCUUUCCGAACCUGAAGGGUUGUGUCGGUUCCUGAAAGUGUAUGAUGGCAGGUUUGCAAUGGGAGCUUCCUGCAGAGCUGUGCUGUCGGCCGAUGGCGUUUGUGGCUCUGACUGGUUUGGAUGUGGUGUACAAUGCUGUGCACCGUGCUAUUUGGGAUGUCUUUAGUACCAACAGACGGGCGGACCGAGUUCCCAUCUCUUUUAAAAUUCUCCCUGGAGACCACGAGUAUCCAAAAUGUCGUACUAAGCGUACGUCCUAUGAGUGGUACAUUCCAAAAGGAAUCCUCAAGACAUUGUGGAUGAACAAGCACCUGAACCUGGUUCCGGCGCUGGUUGUGGUCUUCUAUGAGUUGGACUGGGAUGACCCACAGUGGAAAGAGAAACAAUCUGAAUGCGCUACCAAAGUAGAGAUUGUCAGGUCCAGUCUUCAGAGCAGGAAUACCAAAGUGGCUGUUGUCUUAAUUCAAAAGAAAACUCCUCUGCCACCUGGUGAAGACUUGGUGGCAUCGGAACGAGCUGCAGCUCUUUGCCAUGCCUGUGAUCUGUCAGGAAAGAGUCUGUUUGUUCUGCCGCAUACUGACCACCUUGUUGGCUACAUGAUAAGGCUGGAGAAUGCUUUUUAUGAGCACGCUCAGACGUACUAUUACAAUGAAAUUCGCAGAGUUAAAUCCCACAAGGAGUUCCUCAACAAGACAACACAUCAGCUGCUGUUUGUUCGACACCAGUUCAAAAUUGCUUUCUUCAGUGAGCUGAAGCAAGACACCCAGAAUGCUUUAAAGCACUACAGGACUGCAUAUAGUCUCGUCCAAGAGCUCAGAGCCUACGAGUCAAAUAUGCUGGAGAUCAAAACUUUGGCAGGCUUCAUUAACUACAAGGUUUGCCGUCUGUGUUUCCAGCACAAUACUCCUCUUGAUGCUAUUUCUCAGUUCAGGAAGCACAUUGACCUUUUUAAGAAGAAGAUAGGUUGUGCCGAACUCGCCUUCGAGCAUGCUGCAUGGAUGUCGAAACAGUUCCAAUCUUUUGGUGAACUGUUUGACGAAGCAAUAAAGUUGGGCUUGCCGGCGAUCCAGACACAGAAUCCUGGUUUCUACUACCAGCAGGCUGCCUGCUACAGCCAGGACAGGAAACGACUGGCAUUGCAGCUGAGUCAGGCUGGAGCAGUGUAUCCCUCUCCCGACCCACUGGAGAUCCAGAGUGGAGGACUGGACUACUAUGGACAGAGACCAUGGAGACAAGGACAUCAGAGUAUCGAUCCUCCUGACCAGGACAAAGAAAAGAGAGGAAUUCUGGCAUUACAGAUGAAAGAAAAAGAUGUACCACAUUCGGAGGUGAUCAUCACUCUACUCAGCAACGCGGUGGCCCAGUUUAAGAAGUACAAGUGUCCACGAAUGAAAAGUCAUCUCAUGGUGCAGAUGGGAGAGGAGUACUAUCAUGCUCACGAUUAUGCCAAAGCCCUCAAGCUGUUGGACUAUGUGAUGUGUGACUAUCGCACAGAACAUUGGUGUGGAAUCCAGUCAGCCAUAUUAACCACAGCUCUGCAUUGUGCCUAUCUGAUGGCUAGUGUUAAGGAUUACAUCAUAUAUUGCAUGGAACUUCUGGGCAGAGCUUCAAUGCUGACCAAAGAGCAGAAGUCCAGGAUUGAGCAGAACCUCAUAAAAGUUCUCAAGAACAAGAUACCCGAUGCGGAGCCUCAGUGUGAUCAGUCUUCUGCUGCUGCGGCACGGUCACUAUGGAACGAAAGCGUGGCUUUAGGUGGCGCCAAUGAAUUCAUUAUUGAUAUGCAGGACUACAUACCUUUCAUUCAAUGUAAAGCCCAGUUCCAGUCUCCCAGCUUCCAUGUGGAUGAAGCCAUCCGACUGCAAGUAUUCCUGAAAGCUGACUGUCCGCAUCCUGUGUCCUUCACCAAACUGUCUGUCAGCCUCAGUAAUCAGGAGUACAAUCAGUGGUGUGUUGUGGAGACGUCAAGUCAGGAAUGCAAAGCCCUUUUGCCCGGUAAAACCAGAUGUUACAACUUCAGCUUUGUGGCAAAAACCAAAGAUAUCGGCAAAAAAAUUGAGGUGGCAGGUAUUGAGGUCAUGCUCGGCAGCGGUCGCUGUGUCUUUUUGAGAUGGAGGGGGGCCGGCGGGGAUGCGGGUGUAACUCACGAGGUCCUGCCGACACACAGGACAUCAAGGAGGUGUGAUGCGGACGACGAGAUUGAUUGGGACUGCUUGAACGUCCUGCAAAGUACCAUGAUCAUCUCAAGAGUCCCGAAGAUCUCUGUGGAGCUUGGUCAUCAACCUCCUGCUCUCAGCAAUGAACUGUACUGCAUACACUUCACCGUCCAAUCACUGGAAGAUGCCAUAGCCAAGGACGUGAAGCUGACAGCAGGACUCAAACCUGGCCAAGAUGCUAAUUUAAGCCAGACUACACGCGUGACACUCGAUAACUCCAAGAUUUGUGACGACACGGCGCCUCCUCUGCUCCCUGAUAUACCUCUGGGUAAUCUGAAACCAGGUGAAAAGCUGGAGAGGUGUGUCUACGUGACGUGUUCAACAACUGGACCAAGGCUGUUCCUGUUCCACGUAGCUUAUAGCGUCGACGUGACUGUGGAUGGACGCCAGAUAGUCUGCAAGUGUCAGAAGGAUGAAACCAUUACCAUAGAGACAGUCGUCCCGUUUGAGGUUUCUGCCAACUUUAUGUCCACCAAGUUUGAGCCCCUGGAGCAAGUAGCGGUGGAUGUCCCCUUCCUGAUGCUAACAGAGAUCCAGUCAUUGUCACCCUGGCCACUCCUAUUGGCUUCUUCAUCACUACAGAACUUCACCAUGGUUACCAACACACCACACCAACUACAUGAAGUCAUUUUGCAGAAAGAUGAAUGUGCAAGUGAGUGCUUCAGUCUUCGCUGUCCACCACUGACUGAUGUCAACAACACUGUGGCUACUGGACAGUACCAAAUAUUAUGGAGGAGAGAGUCCUCCAGUCCAGACAGUCCUCUCAUAGAAACCACAGUCUCUCUGCCGCAUGUCCAUCUGGAGUCUGUCCCACUUCACAUCCACGCUGAUAUCCCAUCCUUUGGGAGAGUACGGGAGUCCCUCCCAGUUUGUUUCCACAUUGAGAACAGAACAGCUCUGGUACAGGAAGUGCAGAUAGCCGUGGAACCAUCUGAUUCCUUCAUGUUCUCUGGACUAAAACAGGUACACCUUCGCAUCCUUCCUGGUUCGGAGCAGCAAAUGCUGUACAAUUAUUAUCCACUGAUUGCGGGUUACCAGAUGCUACCACAACUCAGCAUCAGCGUCUCCCGCUGGACAAACAACGAGUACAACCUCAAACGCUUCCUGCCUCAUCGUGUAUUUGUCAAGCCGCAGGGUAAAGAAUUGGACAAUGAUUCCAUCGCUGCAGCUUGAUACCAACACUUUGAGGUACAACUAAGAAUACUUCUCAUACUGUAGGUUAUACUUCAUGCGAUUCCGCCCCAAGCGACAGCACAUACUCAUACAUUUUAGUGUUUGCUUCCUGGCAUGAGAGAGACAUAACUGAUCAUGAAUGGAACUGUAUUGAUGGAAAAUCAUUGAACACAUUUUCCCACCUUUCCCACGUUUUUACACACAAUUAGUUACAAUAUUUACAUUUUCAUUGUACAUUAUUUUUACAAAACUAAACAUUAAGAUUUAUUUUUUUUGUUAUUAUGGAAACAAGUUAUGUUUAAUAACAAUAAUUGGCCAAGUGUGCAUGAAAGCUUUACAGGAUAUGUUUUUUAAAUGUAUUGGAAGGGGAGGCAUAGCAGCAUCAAAUUGAUAUGAAAGUACAAAUGUAUUGAAAGUAUAACAAACGAAUGCAAAUAAAGAGAAUGCAUUAGAAUAGUAAAUACUCAACUGUACUGAAACAAGAGUAGAUGGAGCCUAAUACAGGACAAAAUUGUUUUGAAUUAAAGUGAUGUUAACAUGUUUUGGUGUGUUUUACUUGAA